GCAGAGAGCCUUCAUGCAGUGUUCAAAAGUUUGUUUCUGACUCUGUUGGAGUUUAAGGAGACCAAAGCCCCUCAUAGGAGUUUAGUCCUGGUGGAUUCUGACACUUUGUGCCGUACUUGAAGCCUCAGCUUUUGCCAGCCAGGCCUGAGAGCCAUGUCCGAGUCCCUGGAUGCUGCCCUCUGCAUUCUUCAGGAGAGGCAGGCCAGGCUAAAGAUGAGGCUGCAGGAGCUGCAGCAGCUGAGAAGGGAGCUCAAGGAUUCCCCCCAAAACAAGAUCCCAUUCCCAAUGCCUGAAAUCCCCCUGAUAUUCCGAGGACUCACCAAGAAUGGCAGGCACACACUCAAGCCUCUGGUGUCUAACUUUCGGAUCUGCUGUCCUCUGCCUGGAAGUUCCGCUCUGGUCACCUUCGAUGACCCCAAAGUGGCUCAGCAAGUGUUACGACAGAAGGAGCAUAAUAUUGACAUGGAGGAAUGCCGGCUGCAGGUGCAGGUCCAGGCCCUGGAGCUGCCCAUGGUGACUGCCAUCCAGGUGGCCAGCCAGCCAGAUAGCCACAGAGUGCUGGUCAGUGGGUUUCCUGCAGAACUCAGGCUGAGUGAGGAGGAGCUGCUGGACAAGCUGGAGAUAUUCUUUGGCAAGGCCAAGAAUGGGGGUGGGGAUGUGGAGACUAGGGAGCUGCUGCAAGGGACUGUCAUGCUGGGUUUUGCUAAGGCGGAAGUGGCUCAGAACCUGUGCCAGAUUGGCCAGUUUAGUGUACCGCUGGGCCGGCAGCAGGUCCUUCUGAAAGUCUCUCCCUAUGUUAGAGGGGUGAUCCAUGAGGCCGAGAUCAAAUCCCAGCCAGCACCUUGCUCAGUGCUGGUGCUGAACAUUCCUGAUGUCCUGGAUGCCCAGGAGCUGCAUGAUGUCCUGGAGAUCCACUUCCAGAAGCCCACCCGUGGGGGUGGGGAAGUAGAGGCCCUGGCAGUUGUGCCCCCAGGACAGCAGGGCCUGGCGGUCUUUACUGUCAAGUCAGCCUAGAUCUGCAUGUCUGCCUUCUCAGGGGCAGGGAUCAUGUAUUGCCAUAUGCAGUAGGGAACAAUAUGUGUGUACUACCACA